ACUAAAGCUAUUCAGGUCUCUCCUCUAAUUGGCUGCAAGCCCUUGUCUAGAGCCCUUAGUGAAAUGUAGCUGAAACGGCCUCUACUGUGAGGGAUCAGAUCAUCGCCGUCACAGGCUUGCUGCAAGCCGUGUUUGUGCCUGUCUGUGCCUACUUGUGCCUGGAAAAGCCCAUCAACUGUUAUGCCUGAAUCCCUCUUGAUUGCACAAGUGGUGGGUGGGCAUCAUCCUAUGCGGAAUUCGCUCGGAACGGGGCGAGAGAGCUGAUCAGCAUCUCCAAUCCCGCCGAUCAGCACUGAUCAUGUUUAAAACCGGGCCAGGGUGGCUGUGAUCCCCUGAUCUUAUGGGCCCGGUAAUUUACGAGACUAAACUCCAUUCGCUCGUUCAUCAAGCAGAACAACCGCAGUAUUACGUGUACACUAUCUCGGACGUCCAGCGGCAUCGCAGGCUUUGACGUCUUCAUCUGGCUGGUUUGUCGCAUGACCUUCGCUCCAGCGCAUUUGAUUAUUACUGGGGAGAGUAGCUUCAGACGUGCUACAUAGGUUGUCGCAGCCCAGAGAGAUCAAAGUUUUUCACCGAGCCAACCAUGUCAUGGUUCGGCUCUCCGCAGGCGGGAAAGAAGCGUUCAGAGAAGCGCCUCUCCGGAGACUAUGUCCGCAAUCGAGAGGAAGGGCACGAUGCAUCGCUCCCACGCAGCAGGCUGAACGGGGAUAACAUCAGAAGUCUCGAUGGAUUGCGCGGCAUCGCGUGCCUCCUAGUUUUCAAUUACCAUUUCCUGUGGCCAUGGACGCCCUCCAUCAUGUUGGGCUACGGUGCCAUGCUUCCUCAGGCCCCUGAGCCGUACUGGGAAUGGACCUCGCUACCCAUUCUCUGCUUAUGGCAGCGCGGUCGCCCCAUGGUCGCUAUAUUCUUCGCCAUUUCUGGCUAUGUCGUCAGCCGACAUGUGCUGAGACUGAUACACCAGAGGCGAUUAGAAGCUGCCUACCAGCGUCUUGCCUCGGCUGUCUUCAGGCGUGCCUUUCGUCUUUUUAUUCCGCCCACCAUCAGCAUGUUCUUGGUGGCUCUAUUGGCCCAGGCGGGCGUUUUCAAAUCCAAUGAGGCCAUUUACCAAGGUCCGGAUUCGGCCUACAUCAACGGCACCGUGACCAAUGUCACAAUUGGCGCCCGUUGUUACAACCACACCGAACUCGUCGUCGGAGUGACGGGGCUGGUCGACUACAUGGGGUGGCAGAACCCUUUGCCUUUGGGAAAUGCGACCGUAGGCCUCUGCGUCAACUCGACAUCAGAGCUAGCCGGCCCUACAAGCGUGUAUGACAAUGCGCAUCUCUUUGAGAAGAGAUAUGCACGUGUCUUGAACGACACUACCCGAUUGACAAGAUUUGAAAACCACGACUAUAUCUCACCGUAUGAAGGCCCUGCACCGUUAGAUAUCGUCAACGGCACGAACAUCACCUGCGGUAUCCCCGCGAGAUGGGUUCAGUACGGAGGCAUGUGGGAAGAACACCCUCUCAUACACGAUAACAUGACGUAUGCGCUGGCAAACUUUACCCGUGUGUACGGCGAGUGGGCCAAUGUUUUCACCUUCAACCCGUAUCAUCCGCGCUACGACCCCCAUACGUUCACAAUUCCGAUGGAAUUCCGCGGGUCCAUGAUCGUCUAUAUUUUCUUACUGGGCACGGCUGCUAUCAAAGCAAAAUGGCGCCUAAUGCUCGCAGGAUUCCUCUCCGCAUAUAGUUUGGUGUUCGGGCGAUGGGAUGUCGCUACUUUCAUGGGCGGUACUCUGCUUUCGGACAUGGAUGUUAGGCUUUCGUCGGCGAGCCCCGGCGACACACCACUCCAACCCCCUGUUACGGAUAGCUCCAUAAAAAGCAGAGCCAGGCCGCACCGACGAACCUGCAUGGGUGUGCUAACACGAUGGACGACUUUGGUACUGGCUCUUUACCUCUUGUCAUACCCUGACGCCGCCGCCGAGUACACUCCGGGUUUCACGUUCCUCGCCUACUUGCUUCCACGCUACUAUUCAGCCAUCGCGGGCUGGUCAUUCUACGAGGCCAUCGGCGCCAUGAUGCUCAUCCCCUGCGUCUUGCGCAGCUCUCUUCUGUGCCGCUUAUUAGAGAGUCGGAUACCGCAGUACCUGGGAAGAAUCAGUUUCUCGUUCUAUUUAAUGCACGGACCCGUUUUGCAUAGUCUUGGGUUCUGGAUUAUGCCGAGGCUCUUCGAGCGGCUUGGCCGACAGAACGGCUAUGUUGUGGGCUACAUCACUUUGUUGAGUGUGUCACUAUACCUCUCGAACUGGUGGUGUAAGCAUAUAGACCGCUGGAGCACGACGGUUGGGAAGAGAGUGGAGCAGAUGUUGACGGUCUGAUGAGGUCACUAUCGGCUUUCUGUGUAGAUUUCCUAGAAUUUAUCACACCUCUUCCAGAUUAUGAUCGUUAUCUAUGUGAUUAUCAUAUAUCUGUGGUGUAUUUGUAUCAAAAUUAGAGUCAUUCAAGAAGGGCAUGGCGUAUAUAUCAUUAAACACACUUCAUUUUUUA